GUUGGUGAUGAUGAUAAUGAUGAACAAUCUAAUCARUUAUCAUCUAUUUGUGUUGUUGAUGAYGAUSUUGUUGUCGAGGAACCGGUGGUAGUUGAUGAUGAUGAUGAUGAUGAACAAGAAUCUAUAGAUAAGGAACCGGCAAUAGAUGACAACAAUAACAAUGAGGAGCUGGAGGAGGAUGAGGAGGAAGACGAUGAUGAAGAGGUUAUUGUUGUCGAUGAGGUUGUCARUGAUAAUAUGGUAACAGUAUGUACGCCUACCUCCUCCUCARCAGCAGCAGCGGUAUCGCUGGCACCGACCGAUUCUGCUAAUACUGGAAUCGCCAGUCAAGUAAAUUGUGAUAUGAAUGAUGAAGUCAAUGAUGAUGAUAAUUGUGAUAUAAAAGACACGAUUACCACUGUAGUCGGUGGUAGUGGUGAUGGCGGUAGUGGUAGUAUUGGUGAUAAUGAUGAGGUUGUGGCCGAAAAAUCGGUUUGCGUCGAAUGUGGCGACAGUUUUACCGAAAGUCCGCCGCCAUCGUCGGCUGGAACUACAGUGUCGUCAUCGCACGCCAGUAUUGGCUAUGACGGCGGCUAUGACGGCGACGACGACGACAAUGUGAUGGACAGUAGUAGUAYAGCGGUAGUUGUGUCCGCCGAUGCUAUCGCCGACACUGUCGUCGAUAUUAAUAAUGAUAAACGAUUGGUCAUCGAUUGCGAUGCCAUUCAUACGGAUGAUUCAAAUCAGACGGAAGUAAUGAUAAGUAACAAMAAUCUUGUUGUCGAUGAUGACGACGACGAMGAAGAAGAUUUUGAUGAUAAUAAUAAUGUUGUCAAAGAUAUCGAUGACUGCAAUAAUAUUACUAMUAAUAAUAAUAAAAAGUAUUUUAAACCMAAAUGGAUGUUCAUUGGGUCGACAGUGAUGUCGCGCUGGACGGACGGUCUCUUCUAUAUGGGUCUCAUUGUUCAGAUCGACAUAACUGSUAGAAGGAGAUGUCUGAUCCAAUUCGAAGAUUCAUCACUUUAUUGGAUCAGAUUUGAUGACUUACACAAACAAUUGAGUUCGGACUCAGUAAUGGCCGAUUCGGACAUAUUGUGYGCCCUGUGCCGSGACGGUAGAUCCAGGSCACCRAACGARAUAGUUAUCUGUGAUGUUUGCAAUCAAGGCUAUCACCAAAAGUGUCACAAACCGCGUAUUGGCGACGAAAUCCUSGAACCGGACAUUCCGUGGACGUGUCGAUUGUGUGUAUUUGCUUUGGGAACGAAAGACGGCGGCGCCGAACGUAACGGYGUUAUCGGUCGGGCACUCAAACAUAUGAAACAAGAGUUGCCCUACGAUUUGCAGGACUUGCACUGGGAUGCCAGUCAUGAAACUAAUACRGAAGAAACGUAUUGCUAUUGUGGCGGUAAYGGCAACUACUGGUCAAAGAUGUURCAGUGUUUGACUUGUUUGCAAUGGUUUCACGAGGCGUGUAUACAGUCAUUGGAGACGCCCUUACUUUAUGGCGAUCUGUACUAUAAUUUYAAGUGUGCCGUCUGUUCGGUGGGCAGUAAUGGCCGGGAACAGRUUAAACGUAUUACCAUUGAUUGGUCAGAUAUGGUUGCUUUGGUUAUCAACAAUCUGGCACUUCAGCAGCAAAAACGGUUUUUCGACCUCAACGGCGAUAUACUACCGUUUGUCCAAAAUUAUGGUCCAAUGAUGCGUAUGUCCGAAGACAUCCGAAAACURUCCGAAAGUCAACUACGCGACCGAAUCAACGAUGUCCUCAAUUCGGAUGCCAGUCGUUUUGUUAAUGGYCGGGAAGUACGCAAAAAGCAUAGCCUAUGGGCUCUGAGGAUACCGUUUCCGUUCGAGAAGCCAUUGAUCUUCAAACCAGCCGCCGCCGACCGUCUGACCAGUCCAUUARCCGGCAGCGGUGACRGUCUAGCGUCUACCACUAAUGCGGCUACCACUUCUACUGACAAACCGAUUGCGGCAACAAUCCAAACGUCGACGACUACCUCAGCCACUACWACUACAAAGGCGGCCACUAAUGCCGCCAACAACAGCACAUCAACGCCCACACCUCUCAUAUAUGGCGCCUGUCGUAAGGGUGCCGCCAAAUAUCCGGCACUGAACACACAAAAUAGUCGUCAGAGCGCCGUUUUGAUGGCCGGCAAGAGUAGUAAUAGUUGUAGUGCUGCCGGCAAACGACUUGCCUGUGAGAUGACUAAGAAGWCGACGACGACRACGACKAAGAAGAAGAAGAAGGGCCGAUCCAAUAGCUGCAGUUCGAGCACCGGUAGCAACAGUUGCAAUGCCAGUACCGUCAGUAGUUUGAGCAGUAGUCGCAGUUCGUCGCAGCAUUCGAUGGCUGCGGCUGCGGCCGCCCGGGCGGCCAUUGCCAAGAAAAARGCGAAAACAGURCGUCCGRUCACCAAAUACAAGUCAUCGUUGUCCUCGGCCUCAUCAACGCUGUCAGUCGUCACCAGAGCCUACAAACCAAACGACAACAACAACAACAAUAAUAGCACAAAACGUCUGAARACAAGCAAUACGUUGUCGUCGACGUCGGCGUCAACAAUGGCAGCGAAAAGAGUCUCAAAGUUUUCGUCGAUGAACGGCUCGGAGGAYAGCUGUUUCAGCGAUACGGACAACGGUUUGGGUACUACCAGUGUGAUUGAUUCGUUGGAUGCCGUAAUACCCGUACCGAAAAACUUUGACGGMCCUAACAAUCCGUUUGUCGCCGACGUCGAAGACGAAGCCAUUGCACUGAGGAGUCGUCUGUCGUCGCGCAGUUCGCUUAGUCCUACACCGAGAAUCUCGUGCAAAACCGAAGCCACCGCCUCCUACCCGACCAGUACACGAGUCGUCGACGUSACYGCUGCCKCCGCCGCCACAUCGAUUGACACCACACCCGAUGGCCAGACGAUACCGAAAAUGGAGUGUUUUGUGAGUUCGCCGACUGGCGGUUCGCCGGGCGCUGUUAGCGGUGGCGGUGUCGGCAACAACAACAACAGUGACCAGUCGUUYAACAUACUGGCYCAACGUAUACGACCCGACGGCAAAAUCGAGUAUCUGCUUGAAUGGCAAAACUAAUUCUGAUGG